ACACACCGGCUCGGAAGAGCGAAAAAAACAACAAAUACUUAACAAGCUGUGCGCUGUUUCCACGGUAGCCCAUAAAAUAAUUCUUGGCCAUGAAUAAGCUUGUGUCCACAAUUCUGCGUACGGUUCCGCUGUGCCGGACGGUACCGAGUGUCCAAUCUUUUCACGUUCUUGGCCGUCAGUACAGCUACAAGAGCGACCUGGCACUGGAAACGAUCUAUCCGAAUAGCGGCCUUCGACUGUACACACCAGCACCACCAGAGCCCAAACCAGACGGUACGUUCAAUGGGUACAUCCCGCUGGACAAGGUGAACAUCACGUUCAGCCGCAGCAGCGGUCCCGGUGGACAAAAUGUGAACACAGUCAGCACGAAAGUGGAUCUACGAUUUCAUCUACAAACAGCCACCUGGCUAUCGGAAAACACCCGCAACCGGUUAGCUCAGUUGCAAAGGGGACGUAUCACCAAGGAUGGAUAUCUCGUCAUCAAAAGCGAACUGACCCGUUCCCAGCAGAUGAAUACGGCGGAUGCAUUAGAAAAGCUGCGUUCCUUCAUACGGCAAGCGGAGCAACCGGUCACGACGGAACCAUCGGCCGAAACGGUGGAAAAAUUGCGUCGAAGACACGAGAAAGCAGCCCGCGAACGAUUAGCCAUGAAGCGGAAACGCUCCGAAACGAAGGCUCAGCGACAAGCACCUCUAUAAGGGCGUUACCUUCUGAAGCAUGUAGUAAAAUAUCGUGGUGAAAGCAACCUUUAAA